UAUGCCUCAAUAUUUUCCCGCCAAUCUUACCGCAUUGAAAGAAAACACGGAAGUGAAAGUUAUUUUAUUUUACAAAAAGGUUUUUAACUUUUAUUUAUCAAUAAAAGUUUAAUUAUUGAUGUUACAUUAAGAUAACACGUGUUCUCAAAAUGACAUCAAUCGAAGCAAGGAAUUGGACAACAGAGUAUUAUGUUACAAAUCAGUUAUCCUGUCAGCAAAUUUUAGAAAAUCCUGAUGUAUUGAGAGAAAUACCGUUAUUAAACAAUCUGCAGCUACAUGAUAUCACAGAUAAACAGUUGAUCAGAUUUCGAGGGAUGGUCCAAGAUAUGUAUGAUCCUGAAUAUUUCCUUAAACAAUACGAGGUGAAGAAUACAAAGACUGGGGAGAGUGAUAUUAGAUGUGGAAUGUAUACAGAUGCAGCUCGAUGUUUGUCGCAUGAAGAAAUAUUGUUUGAUUCUAACAAGAAUGAACACUCAGAAAGGCAAACUUACAUUGCAAUGUCUAUACCUGGUUUAAACAAAUGGGUAAAAGAACAGAAUAAAUGUACAGAAACAAAUGUACAAAAAUUUAAUUCAACAAUACGUAAUGAUAAUAUGAGUAAAAGAAGUUUGGAUGAUACUGAUAUAGAGAAAAUGGAUUGUUCAGAGCCUGUUACAAAAAAAGAAAAAAUUUUGACUGAUAGUAGUGAUGCAAGCACGAGCAGUAAUUCAAAUGUUCAGAAUAUAUUAUCAGAAGAGCAUAUAUUAAAUUUUCCUAUCCCGAUUGAUGAAGGAAAAGUUUGCAUAGUGAAGAUUUAUGAUGGGACAACUUUAAAAUUGAAUCAAGUUGUUGAUAUAAUAGGUUUUAUAUCAUUGGAUCCAAUGUUAAGUACAAUUAAUUCAGAAGACGAGAUGAAUAUAGCAGAAGUCAAUACUCAUAAUCCUCCAGCUUCUUUGGUACCUCGGUUACAUGCAAUAAAAUUAAUUGAACUCACAAAAUCUGAGAUUGUAAAUGCUCCAGAAAUUAUAUCGAAAGCGCAACUCAUCAGGGGUGAUUUGCAGAUAAUAUUGAGUCAGUUAUUGUUUGGAGAUCAUUUAGCUGCAGAUUAUAUGAUAUGUCACUUACUCUCUACAAUAUAUAUGAGAAGGGAUUAUUUUUGUCUUGGUACAUUUCCAUUGAAUAUAACAAAUUUUCCAGCCAGUAAACUGAAGAUGUUUCCCAAAGAAUUUUACAACUUUUUAACAUUAUUUGUAAGGAAAAGUCAUUUUUUGGAGGUGACUUUGGAAAACUUGAAUGAAUUAGCUUUAAUUCCAAAAAAGGAUUAUGAAUGCAACAGAUUGACAAGUGGUAUUCUUCAAUUAAGCAAUAAUACACAUCUUGUAUUAGAUGAGACAGGUUUAACCACUGGUGUAUUAAAUGUCACUGGCAAGACGAAUUAUAAAGCUCUUUCUGAUUUGGUUAUGUUUCAAAAACUGGACUAUGAUUUCAAAUAUUACACAAUGGAAUAUGAAACAGAUAUUCCAAUUCUGAUUUUUUCUGAUGUAAAGUCGUUUAUUCCUUGUCCUGUACAAGUUAUUCUAAAUGUUGAUGCAGAAUCGGAAAAUGUAUAUAGUGAGAUAAUUGAAGCAGCACAUCAAUACUUAAAUGAUGAGACUCGAUUGGCGAAUAUUCGUCAAUAUUUGGAAGUCUUUAAACAUACAGAUUUUGUUUUCAACGAAGAAAUCACGAAAACCAUCCAGGACGAUUUCGUCGAAAUGCGAAGCAUAAAUAAAAAUUUUAAAGCGGAUAAUUUGCACUCUUUAAUGGUUUUUGCUAGAUUGAUGUCUUUAUCCUAUGGACAAACAACACUAGAUAUAGAAUGCUGGAAGAAAACUGUACAAUUGGAAAUGGAGAGAAUGAGCAGAUUGCCACAGCGUGAAAGAUAGUAACUUUUAGGAAAAAGCAGUUGUAUUGAAUAUAAUUCAAAUUGUAUCAUACAAUGCAAGUAUUUAUUUCGUAUAUGUACAUUUUUAAAAUGAUAUAGUGUAUCGAUAAAAAAACUAUACUAUUUUA